GGAGGCGAGCGCAGCGGACGCGCGUCCUGAGUGAAAGGAAGGAGGGGCACCAGGAGUGACGGUGCGGGAGCCGCUGCCAGCCCCGGACCGGAGUCGGCGGCUCGGGCCCGACGACAAGGUGGGCCAGAGGCCAGAUCGGCUCCCCGGACCCUCCGACGCGGUCCCAGCCCGAGCGGCAGCGGUUUCUGGCGAGGAGGGGAGGCGCUGCCAAGCCCCAACAGGGGAAGAUGUUCAACGUGGAGUCGGCGGAACGGGUGGAGCUGUGCGAGAGCCUUCUCACUUGGAUCCAGACAUUUAAUGUGGAUGCACCAUGCCAGACCGUGGAAGAUUUAACGAAUGGGGUUGUGAUGGCCCAGGUUCUUCAAAAAAUAGAUCCUGCAUAUUUUGAUGAAAAUUGGUUAAACAGGAUCAAAACGGAAGUGGGAGAUAAUUGGAGGCUAAAGAUAAGCAAUCUAAAGAAAAUUUUAAAAGGAAUCCUGGAUUAUAAUCAUGAGAUUUUAGGACAGCAAAUUAAUGACUUUACCCUUCCUGAUGUGAACCUUAUUGGGGAGCAUGCUGAUGCUGCAGAGCUCGGAAGGAUGCUUCAGCUCAUUUUAGGCUGUGCUGUGAACUGUGAACAGAAGCAAGAGUACAUCCAAGCCAUUAUGAUGAUGGAAGAAUCUGUUCAACAUGUUGUCAUGACAGCUAUUCAAGAGCUGAUGAGUAAAGAAUCUCCUGUCUCUGCUGGAAAUGAUGCCUAUGCUGACCUUGAUCGCCAGUUGAAGAAAACUACAGAGGAACUAAAUGAAGCUUUGUCAGCCAAGGAAGAAAUUGCUCAAAGAUGCCACGAAUUGGAUAUGCAGGUUGCAGCAUUGCAAGAGGAGAAAAGUAGUCUGUUGGCAGAGAAUCAGGUAUUAAUGGAAAGACUUAAUCAGUCUGAUUCCAUAGAAGAUCCUAACAGUCCAGCAGGAAGAAGGCAUCUGCAACUCCAAACUCAAUUAGAACAGCUCCAAGAAGAAACAUUUAGACUAGAAGCAGCCAAAGAUGAUUAUCGAAUACGCUGUGAAGAGUUAGAAAAGGAAGUCUCUGAACUUCGGCAACAGAAUGAUGAACUAACCACUUUGGCAGAUGACGCUCAGUCUCUAAAAGAUGAAAUAGAUGUUCUUAGACAUUCUUCUGAUAAAGUGUCUAAACUAGAAGGCCAAGUGGAAUCAUAUAAAAAGAAGCUGGAAGAUCUUGGUGAUUUGAGGCGGCAGGUUAAACUCUUAGAAGAGAAGAAUACUAUGUAUAUGCAGAACACUGUCAGUCUAGAGGAAGAGUUAAGAAAAGCCAAUGCAGCUCGAAGUCAACUUGAGACAUACAAGAGACAGGUAGUAGAACUGCAGAAUAGAUUAUCUGAAGAAUCGAAGAAAGCAGAUAAAUUAGAUUUUGAAUAUAAGCGGCUAAAAGAAAAAGUUGAUACUCUUCAAAAAGAAAAGGAUAGGUUGAGAACAGAAAGGGAUUCUCUAAAGGAAACCAUUGAAGAGCUUCGCUGUGUACAGGCUCAAGAAGGGCAGCUUACAACUCAAGGGUUAAUGCCUCUGGAAAGUCAGGAGUCUUCAGAUAGUCUGGCAGCAGAGAUUGUCACACCUGAAAUCAGGGAGAAACUUAUUCGCCUUCAGCAUGAAAAUAAGAUGUUAAAACUUAACCAAGAAGGUUCAGACAAUGAAAAAAUUGCCUUAUUGCAGAGCCUUCUGGAUGACGCAAAUCUACGCAAGAAUGAACUGGAGACAGAGAAUAGGCUGGUGAAUCAAAGACUUCUGGAAGUACAGUCACAAGUUGAAGAAUUGCAGAAAUCUUUACAGGAUCAAGGAUCAAAAGCAGAAGAUUCAGUUCUUCUAAAAAAGAAACUUGAAGAACAUCUAGAGAAGCUGCAUGAAGCCAAUAAUGAAUUGCAGAAGAAGAGAGCCAUUAUUGAAGAUCUCGAACCAAGAUUUAACAACAGCUCCUUAAAAAUUGAAGAAUUACAGGAAGCUCUACGGAAGAAAGAAGAGGAAAUGAAGCAAAUGGAAGAACGAUAUAAGAAAUACUUAGAGAAAGCUAAAAGUGUUAUCCGUACUUUAGAUCCUAAACAGAAUCAAGGAGCAGCACCAGAAAUACAAGCUCUUAAAAAUCAGCUUCAGGAACGGGACCGACAAUUCCAUUCAUUAGAGAAAGAAUAUGAGAAAACAAAGAGUCAAAGAGAGAUGGAAGAGAAAUAUAUUGUUAGUGCCUGGUACAAUAUGGGAAUGACUCUGCAUAAAAAGGCGGCGGAAGAUAGACUUGCUAGUACAGGUUCAGGGCAGUCAUUUCUGGCUAGGCAAAGACAAGCAACCAGCACAAGAAGAUCUUACCCGGGCCAUGUUCAGCCAGCCACAGCAAGGUAGACACGUCUUGCUAUUAGAACGAAAAACACCCUGCAUUCAAACAUACUUCUGUUAUACGUAACACCAUUUCAGGAAAUUCAACCAGUUAAUUUUUUUUUCUCUGUGUUAUGUUCCUUAGUUGUCUCUCAUUUGAGGACUUUUUCUCUGUAUCUAUAAUGUUUUAGUUUCUUGUUCCUUUUGUAGUCCUUUCAGUUUCUUUUAAUGUGCCAAAAAAAAAAAAAUUUUUAAAUGCCCAGUUAAAAGUGUUGUGUAAUAGUAUAGUACUUUUCUUUGUAUGGAAAUGUCCUUUUCCCAGUGGUGUAGGCUUUGUAAUGAAUUAGAUUUUCUGCCAAUAAUUGAUAUACAAUUUAUAUUCUUUAUUGUGCCUCUGUGUUACCAUGCUUUACAAGAAUGUCUUUGUUUAAAGGGAAUUAAUCUUUAUAUGAUGUAUUAACGUAUGUUUUCAAUUGUUUUCCAAAUGCACUUCAAAUAACUUGCAUAUUUACUAUAUAAAAUGAAUCGUUGGCAAGUGCACUUUUUGCAAAGACAUAAAUACAGUGGCAGAGGUGCUAAUCAGAUCUUACCUAAGGCACCUAAUAGAAUUAUUUAGAGGGAAAAAAUAAUUUUCACAUUGUUUUAUAGGAAAUUAAAUUUGUUCGAGGAUUUGGAAACUAUUUUUAAAACAUAAAUACAUAGAAUUUUAUUAUUUCCUGCUAUCUUGUUGUUGGCGGAAAUGAAUGCAUUGGUUAGGUUAUUAGAAAGAAAAUUAAAGAAGAAAAAAUCAGGCAGUGCAUUUAUUUUUUUCUUGUUUUGGAAUAGCGCAGUAACUGAGGAUCAAAUUCUGGCAGUGUCGCUGAUACAAAGUUUCAAUUGGCCUCCACAUCUUAAGAGACCUAUUUUUCAUCUGCUUACAAGUAAUAGGUAGCAGUACUUUUGGGUCAACUUCCUUGUUGACUUGUAUCUCAUUGUUUUACUUAUUCCCUAAUAUAAACACUUCUUUUUCUCAAUAUUUCCAAAUACAUAACAUCUUCAUGUCAGUCAUUAAGAUCAAUAAGUGACUUCUUAUAUGUGAUGUUGUGAUAGAUCUCCUUUACAUUUUUUCUUAAUUCUAUGUAUUAGUCCAAGAAUUUGCUACUGAACAGAUUCUCUUAGGUAUUUGGUUGCAUCAAAAUGCUUAGAUAUGUUGAUUGAUUGUAAACCAUGUUUAUUUCCAUUGAUGAAUGGUUGUCAAGUAAUAAUGAUUGUAAAGCACUUUGACUAUAUAAGGUGCUAUGUAAAUGUAAAAUAUCAUUUAUUUGAAAAUGAAAUGCCUCUGCCUGACUUUACAUAUUGAUUUAUUUGGUCCCCAAUUAUAUUUAAGUUCCCCUCCAGACUUUUUCUUGCACCAGAUAGCCCAUUUUUUAAAAAGCAAAACAUUAUUUAAAUUAGAUCAAUUUUUUGUUUGUCUUUGUUUUUUAGAUAACAUUGUGUUUGUUUUUAGAUAGGUCACCUAAUAUGAGGAUUUUAUUUCAUGCACUUGCUGUUUAGAAGUUCAGGUUUCAUUUAGAUCUGGAUAUUAAAUGCAAAUUAGUAACUUUAAAUCAAGCUAAAUGUAACUGAGAAUGUUCAGAGACUAUAUUCAAAUGUUUGAUUUUAAAUUAUUCCAUUUUUAUAAGAAAAUUGGCCUAAAAAUGAGUAGCAUUUUCAUUUGUCCUCAGAAAUCAUACUUGAAGAAAGCAUUAGAAUGUGCACAGAAAUGACUUCAUGCAUUGUGCUAAUUUUUACAUUAAGAACAGAAAUCUAAGCGCAGUGUGAAUGCUUCUGCCUGAAAUGACCAUAAAGCAGGAAGUAUUAGUAAUAAUGGAGAGAAUCACGAGAGUAAAUUGCAUUGUGGGGCUUCAGGAGGCUAAGCAGACCUAAAUAAACAUAGAAAGUUUUGACAAUAAAAGAUCAAAAACUAUUUAGGGUAGUUUUUACUCCCAGCCCUCUUUUUACAUGUAGAUUAGGGUCCAACUGUUUUAAAACAGAGUGUGAACACUAACCUUGGUAAAAUUAAAAGAAUUGGGAAAUUAUACCCCUAGAAUAAGGCAGGUGAACAUAAAAGAGUCUAUGAGCUAUUUAUUAAAAGGAUUGUAUCCCAUAAAAUGAGAGGUUUUAACUUUACUUCUUGAAUAGUUACUGCCCCUGUUGUGGUCUCCAACCCACCUGUCAGCUCAGAUACACUUCUCUAAACGGGCUGGAAAGGUGCCAACCUUUUGGAAGGCUGUUUUCCUUAUUUUUCUUCAGCAUAUGUUGCAUGCUAUUAUUUUGGUAUUUUACCUUCAUAACUUUCUCUCUACUGUACCUUUAAAGUUUAGUAUAUUACUUUCAUUACAUAGAAGAAAUUAUAUUACUAACAUUCUAGGAUAUUUUUUAAAAAAGCAGGAAUAAAACUUAGCUGUAACAAUGAUAACCCUGUUUCUCUUGUCCAGCUUUGGGCAGGAUUUAUGAAAUUUCUCUUUCUGCUGUAAUGAUUAAUAAUUUCCUAGGAUGUUUGUGAUGAUGCAUGGUCUGUCUGGAAAGUAAAAGACAUUAGGUGCUUUAUUGAGAUGUGAGCUAGGCUGUGCUAUAUUUUCACAAACCCCUUAGUUACGGUCUCUUCGUGACACAGUUCGCUCGGACAGUGAAGCUAGCCCUGGCUUCAGGAGUGAAGUAGAGGGCUGCUGCGUUAGAUGGAGGUGAUCCAUCAGCCUAGCGGCCGAAUUCUUGUAAACAAAAAGCUCAUCUGAUGUUUUCCUUCUAACCAGGGUAAGAAAAUACAAAAUAAAUAACUAAGGAAUAGGAAAGCAUAUAACAUUUAUGUUCUGCAAGUGGGUAUUAGAGUUUGUAAUGGGGAAAAAAAAUCCAGCACAUAUUGUAGUUUACCACAUCUAGAAAGAGAAAUAAUACAUUUGUACUUAAAAGAACUUUCAAAAUUUCAUUCAUAUCUUUUUAUAAUUUGUCGAAUUACUUGUUAAUAACCAAGAAAAAGAAGUCCCUAAAUAAAGGACCCAUGUUCCGAAAUUGAUCAAUAUUGAUAGCCCUAGCCCGGUAAAAUUAGCUCAAUGGGAUACUUAGAUUAUAAAAGGAAAUGUUUUGUUGAGGUUUUAUUGUUUUGUUUAUAUAGUAAAAGCUCAAUUGUACAAAAUUAAGCUAAAUCUUAUCCAGCCAGAGACAUAUGCCUAUAUAUUUCAUUAGUUUUCACAAAGCCAUGAAAAUUCAUGCUGUCCAAAUAGAUCAGCAAUAAUUUGUAAGUGAAAGCUAAGUUGAAGAAAAGACAUUUUAUUUAUGCACUACUUUUCUCACAUCUCCUUUUCAAUAACAGUUUUGUCCAGUCUUGUUAACUAAUGAUACGAAAUGUUUUUUAGUGUUUCUUGCACUCAGAUAAGCAUUCAUCUUUUAAAGAUAAUAACCAUGUUAAAAACUUGAAAAUCUUCAUCCCAGUGUAAGAAUUAUCCUGAAACAAAAAUCUAAAUUUUUGAAGUUGUCUUAACUCUGCAUUUAAUCUCCAGUUGUCCAGCUCUCAGACUCCAGGGCUGCUACAGUUAUCCUUAGUUGGAACGUGUGAGAUUUAUCUGAAAAAGCUUCCACAACCCACAGCCAGUACAAACCCACCUAGUUCACAGAUACGUAGAUCAGAACAUCUGCGACCCUACAGUGAGAGCCAAGCACCUGGCAUCUUGCCUUUGCCAAGGGCAAAAUAACAUUAAGACAAAGUGUUUUUUGUUUUCUCUUCAUUAAACUGUGGAAGGGUAUUUUGACUUGUUAGCCUCGUAAGGGCCCCUUUCCUUAGAAACGGCUGUGGAAAUGACCGAUGCGGCUUUGUACUUCUUACAGUGAAGCCUGUGCAAUAUCCCAAAGUAGGAGGAAGGACCGCACUCAACAAAAUUAAAAGGUGACACCAGGAGCUUCGAAAAUUAUUUUAGCAUGUUUUUUAUUUUUCCCUUUUUAUAAGUUAAAAGGGUUUUCCAUUUAAUAAUGAUCAUCUCUCUUCCUAUAGUUCCCACUGUCAACUUGGCAGCUUAUUCCAGUAAUUGUACAACCCAGUUUCAUUAUGUUUAGAAAGCAGUUUCAGAGCAUAUUCUUUGUAACUAUAACGAUUUUAAUACUUUAUAUCAUGAAGUUUUUAUAUGAGGAAGGCUAUUCUCAAUGUAUCUGUCAUUGACUUUUUUACUUUCUAUAAAGCAUAUUUAAAUAAUAAUUGGUGUAGUUCCAUUUAUUGAAACUUUUAAAUGGUUUUAUUGUCUAAUUUUAGCACAAUAAUUUUAGGGUCUAAAGUUUUGCAGUAAAUGUUAUUCAUUUCUCAGAAGCCUAAAAAAACAUGAAAUAACUUGUUACUAACACAGCUAAUUUCUGCCCCUUCCCUUUCCCUUCCAUCACGGAGGCAUCAGUAUUUAGCUUCCUUUUUAUGAAAUGAAGGACGGCACCGAUGUGAUGACAUCAUCUCCUUCACAUUGCUGGUUAUGUUCUUGGGAAGUCUGUGCUGAUUAUUUUGUUUCCGAAAAGCCUUUUAGCAAUCCAAUUCACAUGUCCUAUGUUUUUAAUAUAAAAACUUAAGAAAUGUAUAUUUAACAUUAUCUUUAAAUACACUUGGAUUUUUUACAUUGCACUUAAAAUGAUAGAGAAGGGACAUUAGUUAUUGAAAAACGAGAGGCCUGAACCUAGUUAUGGCAAGUUUAUGAGUUAUGGCAAUUGUGGAGGACCUAUAAAUGUUUUCUAACGAUUAUCUGUCAGCAAUUACAUUAUGUCUCUUUUCAGGAUUUUUCUGAAAUACUGCAUUCGGAAAAUGUUUUUCUAACAUUUUCGAACAAUAUUCUGUCAGAGAAGUUUGUACACCUUAUAUAAGUGAACAUGGCAAUCGGAAAAAGUAACAGAACUGCUGUUAAAGCAAAUUCAUUCCUAGACAGUAAAGUGGAUUAUUGGGAUAAAAACGAUGUAGUUGUAGAACAUUUCCUGGCAGACUGAAGUAUUAGUACAAUCAAAACUUAUACUGUCUUAACAAAUGUUCCUAAAAUAGUAGUUUACACAAAAUUUUUUGACUUUAUUAUGUGAUUGUUCAAUAAAAAAAGAGUAGACAACAGUAUAAUUUAUUUUCUAAUUAUCCUUCCCUUUAUUGGGCAUUAACUGGGCACUCUGUAUUAACUGUGUAUGCUAUCAUUGGAGGGGAAAGCACCUGUUUCCAUUUUGAAACUGUUAACCCAUUACUAAAGCUAAGGUAGUGAUUUGAGGUCAUUAAGAAUACUGUGGUUCGAUGAGAUGAGGAGAAAUCUGAAAAUCACUACUGACUUCCUAACAGUUAUAUAGAUUUGCUGCUUUAUCCAGUUUACAAACCAUAGGCUCAAUUUUAGUCCCCCUUAAUUAUACAUAGUAGCCUCACUGAAAUUUUUGUUUAAAGUGAAGGCAAAAAUACACAUUAAAAAAUAUAUGUGUUCAAGGAGAGCCCUUAUGUACCUGGUACAUUUUCACCAGGCUCUGAAUUAGAUUAGGGUCUGAAGAUGAAGUCAUCAGAGAAGGUAUCCAUGCUCAAAAUUUUAGGCCCUGGGGCUAUCAAAUAUCCUGAAUUCUUUCCACCCAGAGCUUAAAGGAAAAAUUAAAUGUCAUGAGAAAAACAAUCUCAAAGUGAGAAAAAGAAAACUACCAAAUCUUGCUGAAGCUUUAAUGAUGUAUGUGGGAGACUUCUGAGCUGGCAUUAUCACUUUAGAGAUUUCUAAAUUGACAAAAGAAAAUAAUUCGUUUAGCAACCAUAUUGUGAAAUUAAUAGAAGGGACUCGCAUUUAUUCUUGGUGUAAUUGUCAACCUAUGGUCAGUGAUUACUGUAUAUACAUUCUACCAUGUGUUUAUUUUAUAUAUGUCACUAUUAGAAAUGAGUGUCUUAAUAUUAUUUACUGUUACUUCUAAUCAUUUAUGUAUUAUUUAUACUUCACUGCAAGAUUCACAGCACUUUACUAAUAUUAGAUAAUUAUUUUCUUUAACUUUCUGUGGCAUGUUCUAUUUAUCUUUUCAGUGGGGUUCUUUUCCUUAUUUUAAAAAAUGUAAGAGAUUGCCCAAUCAGUGGGCUUUGUACUCUUCCUGAAAUUUUUAAAGUCAGAUUUGAAGUUCUAAGUCUAAGUCUGGAAAUCUAUUUGAAGUUGGGUUGGGGCUACUAAGCAUGAAUUACACUUUAUAUUUCACAUUAAUCAAACUCUUUUAUACAUUAAUAACUCAUGAAACCAAGUUCUCUUACAUGCAACACCCUUGAAACUUUGUUUUCCGGAGUUGGCAGUAAUAAAACGUUAACAAUCUUCUGGUGAAUCAGAAGAUGUUCUUACCUUUGAUUUUCCUGUCUCCUAAAAUGCAAACCUACAAACUGUCCUUAACAGUCAUAGUUUCUUUAUCAUAUACCCAAAGUCAGUCAGGUUCCAUGAGCUACUAAGUCAGAGACUCUGAAAGUGGUUGGGGGGUGGGGUGACAGGAAAAGGCAGACCCUAAAGAUGGCAGAAUAGUACAGAAAUAUUCCUAGUUCUCUUAUAACAGAUAUGCUUUAUAAACUUGGUCAUUUUCUUGAAUUCAAAUACAGCAAAGUUUUUGGCUUAGUAAGAUGUUUUUAGGAUUUAGGACUCUGCCAUUUGUAACUUGAAUGUAACAGUAUUCAAAUUGUAGUCAAAAAGUACCAAAAUAUUUGUUGUUACAUAAGCAUUGCCACAUAUUAUUGCCAAAGAAUAGGGAGAUUUGCUCAUAACAUUCUCUUAAGAGUUUUGUGUCAUUUUGUGUUUCCAGAUGAGAGAAAUGUUUUUAUAGCGUGAAAAGUUUCUGUAGCCUUUUUCUUCUGCAGUGUCCCCUUCCCUACAGAUGGGCUUUGCUUAGGCAGGUCCUAGAAGGGAGCAACAUGGAAAAGGAGGUCUAGACUCUGACCUUUGAGAGGAGAGUUACUUUGUCCUCCCAAAGUAAAAAGUUACACACGUGCACACGCGCGCUCGGGAGAACACAACAUGUUUUUGAUAUCUACUAAUUAGUUGUUGAAUGGGUAGUUUCUCUUCUCAUUGGCUUUAUUAUUUAUUGGCUUCUUAUUAAUCUAGAAAAGAGUAGAUUUUAGACUUGUAUUGCCCCAUUCAUUAGCUGCUAGACACAUGUGACAAAAUUAAAAAUAAAUAAUAAAUUUGGUUCCCCCGUCACCUAGCCAUACCUUAAGUACUUCAGUAACCACACAUGGAAAGUGGUUAGCAUAUUGGACAAAACAGAUUUAGAACAUUUUCAUCACUGUAGAAAAUGGUUUUUGUCAGUGCUAUAAUGCCCAAAGGGAAAAUAAAGACAGAAUAAAGGUAUUCAAUCAAUGUAUGACAAUUCUUGGGUUUGACUGCAGUAGUUGAAUAAAGCUAUUUUUCUUAAUAAAAUUAAUACCAGCCCUUUUAGAGACCAUGCAAAAAUCAAAACCCCAUUCUUUGAAACUAAUUUUCAAUAUAUAUAUUUUAAACACAUUCUCAGCACUUUACUUUUCAAGUGAUAUAAUGAAAUCAUUUCAUGAAUCAUAACUUAGUAUCUAGGGAUUUUUUAUGUAGUGCUUUUAAUAUUGAUGAUAGUUUAUAACACUGAGCGGAAACUGAAUGCUUUAUUUAUUUACAAGUAAAAAUUGGUAACACCAUAUUCUUCUGUUUGGUUACAUUCAUAUCUAUAUAAAGCUAAUAAAAGUUGCUAACAGUUUUUUUUCUGUCCCUAAGAUCAUAUUUGAUUAUCUUCCAGCUUAAAGGUACAUCAUACCCAAAUAAUUUCUUAGGCUUUCUUCAGUUUCUUGCUCUUAACAAUUUGGUUAAUGAAUCAAGUUAAAUUCAAUGUAUAAAGCAAACAUUUAAUUCCAGUGACUUAGUGAAUGAAACAUUUUUUAAUAUUUAUUAAUUUACUUGGCCUAUUACUAAAGCAUUUAACAUAAUUGAAAGAUCUGUACAAAUGCAUUGUUGAGUUUUUUAAUGAAAAUAGGAGACUAAUCAUAAUUCUUUUUAAUUCAGUUAGUAAUGUAGUUAAACUACCCUGUUAGGAAUUCAUGAUGUUUUUCUCUUCCUUUUAAAAAAUUUUUUAUCAAGCAACAGACUUGCUCCAGUAGUAUCAAAUUCUAAGCAAAGGAUGAUGAAACUCAUUGUCAUUCAGGCUGAGAUAAGUAAACAGUGUAAUUUGAGUUUUGUAUUUUCUUGGGGGCCUAAUUUAAUGUAUUCUGCAGAGACUCUUAUUAAGGGAAAUUUUCAAUAUGCUUGAAGUAAGAAAUAGCAUUUUAGUAUAAAUACAAGAAAUGACUGUACAUAAAUACCAGUCAGUGAUUUGAGGCCUUCUAAUCUUUCAGUGGUAGCCUUUUGUUUUUUAAUAGCCUUAGUUAAACUUCAGAUGCACUAAAAUGUCAUUGCUGUCACUAACUAUGCUGUUUACUGGUUAUUUGUAAUUCAGAAUGCUUUGUACUCAGAAGAAUAAUUUUCAGGUUUAUCUUGUUUUGCCAUGUUCAUGUUUUGAUAAUUGCCCCACUACUUAUAACUCCCAGUUUUUGGUUGUAUAAUGAAUGGUAAAAUUCAAACAUAUCUAAUAAUUUGCCUUAUUUUGAUUAAUAAGUUCUAUCAAAGAUUUGGGGAUAGAAAGAGGUUUUUUCCCCCCUACAGUAUUUUUUUAACUUUUCAGAUGAGCUGGAAAACAGCUUAGUUCAUUAGACUUGGAAUCGGAUCGAUUACAGUCCCAGCUCUAAAGCCUUAUACUCAUGUCUUAAGUAUUUGAUCUGUGAAUAGUUGUUAGUUCACAUUUGACACUGUAGUUAUCCACCGAAGUUUAGCCUUUGCAAAAAGUAUAUUGCUAGGUAUAUUCUUAUUUCUGGUUGACAGUUGAUAAUUUCACAUUUCAUUCUUUGUCAUUAUAAUCCAAAAAUGAAAUCCACAUAGGACUCUAAAUUUCUCACUUUACAAGUGGAGUCAAUACAAAUUUAGCAGCAUUGGUAUCCAAGCAUUUUUCCACAUUUACCAAGUUUACCAGCCAUUUACUGUGUAUUAGAUUGGUGGAUUUUCUCACUGUUUUUCCGAGGCAAGUAAGUUGGUAGAGAACCUCAGUAAGAAAGUUUUACUAAAGUAACAAAAAUAUAAAGUCCAAGAAACCACAAGAUUUUCAAUUUCUUUGAAAUCUUAUAUUGUAUUUCCUUUUGAUAUCACUUACUCAUUUUAAUUUUAUGACUGCCAACUUGUUAUGGUAUUAUAUGUAUAUGUUUAUAUGUAUGCAUAUAUUAUAUGUAUAUGAAGAAUAAAGUUAAGAUUUGGUCAAAUUAUAUUUUCCCAUUCGAGUACAAAAAUGUUUUCAAGGCUGCAAAAAGUGUACAGUUGUUAAACAAGUUGUAAAUAAAGACUUGUAUAAAAA